UUUGUCUGUAAUUUUUCCUGUUCGGUAAUUGCUAUUAUCAGUUUUUCUUCCCUUUGGAUUCUUCUCUUGGUUUGGUUUUUCAUUUUUUCGAGUGCUAAGGAGCUCAAAAGGAUGACAGUGCUGAAGAGGUAUGUGCUGAGGUUGUUCUUCUCACUGAAGUACAUCACAGCAAAUGUUGUAGACAGAAAUAACGGACGGAUAGUUGCAACUGCAUCAACAGUUGAACAUUCCAUCAAGAACUCAUUGGAGUGUGGCCGGUCUUGCAAUGCCAAGGCAGCAACCAUUGUUGGUGAGGUAUUGGCUAUGCGACUCAAGGUGGAGGGUCUUGAGCAAGGACAGGGAAGAGGGAUUCAUGUUGAUGUAAACAAGGAGAUCGAGAAGAAAGGCUUUAAGAACCGAACCAAGGUCUGGGCUGUUGUCAAUGCCCUUAAGAACCAUGGAGUUAAAGUCAUUCUCGAAGAUUUUGACGAGAAUCCAUCCCGGCCAAGUUUCUGAUAUAAAUGAUACCUCGGAAAAGAAACAAACGAUAGAUACCUCAAGAGUCUUAUUAUGGAUGUAGCUUGUAUGCAACUGUUGUUUCGUUAGCAAUUCCGAAGCCUGGAUGUUACACAACGAAAACCUACAUGUUGGAUAUAAACAUGUUGCAAACCAUGUUUAGGCUCCGGUUAUAAUCAUGGGUGAUGUGCAACUUCCAGGCUUCAUGCUCCUUUGAUAGGAAGUCCCUGGAAAUUCUACCUUUGCAAGAUAACUCCAGGAUGACAAACUACCUUGCCUUUUCAUAGCCUCGACUUCUUAAACAUAAAAGUGA